CUCUGUUUUCUUUUCUCAAAAGAUGGAGAUUUGAUGUUCCAACAAGUGCCCAUGGUGGAGGUGGAUGGGAUGAAGCUGGUGCAGACCAGAGCCAUUCUCAACUACUUUUCCAGCAAAUACAACCUCUAUGGGAAGGACAUGAAGGAGAGAGCCCUGAUUGACAUGUAUUCAGAAGGUUUAGCAGAUUUGAAUGAGAUUUAUAUUCUCUACCCAUUAGACCCACCUGGGGUCAAAGAAGCAAAUAUUGCCCUGAUGAAAGAGAAAGCAACAAACCGUUACUUUCCUGCCUUUGAAAAGGUGUUAAAGAGCCAUGGACAGGACUACCUCGUUGGCAACAAGCUGAGCAAGGCUGAUAUUCACCUGGUUGAAAUGAUCUACAACAUGGAAGAGCUGGAUCCCAACAUUAUUGCCAACUUCCCCCUGCUUCAGGCUCUGAAAACCCGAAUCAGUGCCAUGCCCACCAUAAAGAAGUUUCUGCAGCCUGGCAGCAAGAGGCAGCCUCCUGUUGACGAGAAAAUCGUACUAAAAAUAAGGAAGAUUUUCAAGUUGUAAUAAAGAGAAAUGGACCCUGCGCUACACCUCUAUGCCGAUCCUGAAGACUCUGAGACAAUGAGCUCUCUCAAGUAUGCGUAUUAGUGAAACAGUGGGCUCCAGGACACAGUUUAAUGAAAUCUCUCUUUUUAGAAUAUACUGUGGCAUUGUUUUUAUAAUUUUCUGACUCAACUCCUUCCUGUAAUAAAAUUAAUACAAAAAUGAAAA